AUGAGCGAGACUUCACAGCCGGAGCCUCCCAUGCAGCCAGAGCCUCCAGAGGGUCCUACAAGCACUAGCUCGACUUCACGGCCCGCUUCUCCACUGAUGCCGGCGCUGACAGACAAUUUAGACACAAUUUCGGUUCAAAGAAGCCACAUCAUCUGGGUGUUUCUCAUCGUCCAGGGCUUGCUUGUGACGCUCGUGGUUACAAGUGCCAAUUCUACCUCGCCGGUCAUCCUUUUCAUCACAACGUUGAUCACCCUAUGGGUUGGCGAGGCAGGUUUUGAUUUCACCAUCCACGAAGUAAAUCGGAAAUUUCACACUCCUGCUUCCUGGAAUUCCGUCCAGCAUGCCGUCAUAUUCUCACUAUGUGAGAUUGGAUCUCAGGUCGCAAGUCUGCACCAAAAAGAGGUGGCUGUGAUGAACUCUGCCACCAUCGGAGGUCUAAUGGCGAGCCUAAGCUUGGUGUUACCACCCUUGCUGCUAUGGUCGUCGAGUGGCGUUUGCGAGCACCUAAGAAUGCAUCCAAUGGCUGGCUUUUCGGGAAUGACAUUUCUGCAUUUAUUUCAUGGGACGGUUACCCUUUUAAUCAUUGCAAUCAUACCUGCACAUUUCAUCAUCUUCCGACUCUAUGGCCUGUUUUUGCUGGCAGUACCGUUGAUAUGGAUGGCUGCUCAAGCAAAACAGCUUAAAGAAAUUGCUCUGGCAGUAGUUCGGUCUCCAUUUGACCUAGGCAACAUCCUCCGUGUUUUGACGUACACUGUGAUCACCUGUUCGAAAGCAGGAGUUACAACUCUUGUCUCCAGCUAUGUCGUUGGGGCCAUUCGGGACAUUGCUAAGAACAAGAUUGCUGAGCUAGAAACGAUCACGCUCUUGGCUCCAGCACUACUUCGCUGUCUCGCCCUCCAUCUUAUACGCCUUCCCUGGCUCUGGAACAAAGACCCGGAAGCAGGGAUAGCUAUGUUCUACACAGUUUUCAAAACUAUUGAGUGCACAAUGAUCGUUCUUCCGUCGACAGCGUUCUUGGGAGGACUUUUCUCACACCAGUCGCACAUGAUGGUCUUCAAAGUGAACAUUUGUUUGAUUCUUUUUCUCGCAAUCGCUCUCUUGGUUAUCAUUUGUCUUUCGCCCCAUCGCCAUAUCAACCAAGCCGCGGCCGUGUUGUUGUGCAUGUUGUAUUUUUUUUUCGUCCGAGUUGUGAGAGAGGGAUCCGCAUGA